GAAGACGGAAUGCACGGGAAGACGGGGUUCCACUCACGUGCGUGGUUGACGAUUCGCCCUCUCUCUCUCUUUCUCUCUCUCAGACGCUCCCUCUUCCGUUGCUUUCGUUGUUUCUUUCUGCCCAGUAUCUCAAGUACUGAGAGUUGAGACGGGCGACUGCAAAGAUACACCAAACAUCGAAGUUUCUUUUCCCAACUUUUCUCUCAGAGUCAGGUGAUUCGUUUGAUUCGCUUUAUCUUUUAGGGGAUUGAGGUGUUGGUGUGAAUAGGAGAGAACGUGAUCUCGUUCUCGUUGUUUUUGUAUCGGCAAAUUCAAACGGAAUGGAUAUUUUUUUUUAACUCCGGAUGACGGUUGGGGGACAGAUUUCCCGAAGGAUACAUUGUAACUAUUGACAUGCAAGUUCCGCGUCGAUUUCUUUGUUCGGUUGGGAAGCCAUGUAAUUCCAGAAGACAAGAAUGCCAUGCCGUUGUUUCUCGUCGAAUUUAUUUCAUUGAAGUACUUUAGAUAGUAUAUUGAGGAAAAAACCUCUCCUCACGGGAAUUCGUAUUUGAUGACUUCCGCAUACAGUAAUCUCUAAUUGCAUUGAUUCUAUUAGUCCAUCUACUUGUAGUCGAUUGAGAGUUCUGCGGUGUUUUAUUGGUUGGGGUUUGGUUUCUAUCAAAAUGGCCUUGAAUGCUACUAUAAAAUGUCCACCACCCAUGAAGGUCACGUCCAAUGGAGUUUUCCAGGGUGACAACCCUCUUGACUAUGCACUUCCUCUUGCCAUUUUACAGAUAUGCCUAGUGGUUGUUCUCACCCGCUUUCUCGCUUUUAUACUAAGGCCAUUAAGGCAACCUCGUGUUAUUGCGGAGAUUGUCGGGGGAAUUCUACUUGGUCCCUCAGCUCUUGGUCGCAGCCAAACUUAUCUACAUGCGGUUUUUCCAUCAAAAAGCUAUACAGUACUGGAUACACUAGCCAAUCUGGGUUUGCUCUUCUUUUUGUUCCUUGUAGGCCUCGAGUUAGACCCAAGAUCCCUUCGUAGAACUGGAAAGAAAGCUUUGAGCAUUGCCCUUGCUGGGAUUAGCCUUCCCUUGGUACUAGGAAUUGGUGCAUCAUUUAUCCUCCGACAAACUAUUUCCAAGGGUGUCCAAGGAGUCCCAUUUCUUGUAUUCAUGGGGGUGGCCCUGUCAAUCACUGCCUUCCCUGUCUUGGCCCGUAUCCUGGCUGAACUCAAGCUUUUAACUGCUGAUGUUGGCCGAAUAGCCAUGCCUGCAGCAGCAGUCAAUGAUGUUGUUGCUUGGAUUCUACUUGCUCUUGCCAUUGCCCUCUCUGGCGAUGGUCAUUCUCCCCUCAUUUCAUUGUGGGUCCUUUUGUGCGGCUGUGCAUUUGUCAUUUGUUGUAUAUUCAUUCUCCCACCUAUAUUCAAAUGGAUGGCACAACGUUGUGCAGAGGGAGAACCAGUGGAUGAAUUGUAUGUGUGUGGGACUCUAGCUGCUGUUCUGGCUGCAGGAUUUGUCACAGAUUCUAUUGGAAUUCAUGCCCUAUUUGGAGCUUUUGUGAUUGGAGUUCUAGUCCCAAAGGAUGGGCCAUUCGCAAGUGCUCUUGUUGAAAAGGUUGAAGAUCUUGUAUCUGGUCUUUUCCUGCCUCUGUACUUUGUCUCAACUGGAUUGAAGACCAAUAUAGCUACCAUUCAAGGGCUUCAGUCGUGGGGUCUCCUUGUUUUGGUAAUCAGCACAUCUUGUUUUGGGAAAAUUGCAGGAACUGUUGCAGUCUCGAUUGCUUGCAGAGUGCCUUUUCAGGAGGCUCUAGCUCUUGGGUUCUUAAUGAAUACCAAAGGUUUAGUAGAGCUCAUCGUCCUUAACAUAGGGAAAGACAGAGGGGUAUUGAAUGAUCAAACAUUUGCCAUUAUGGUUCUGAUGGCUCUUUUUACUACCUUCAUCACUACACCUGCAGUUAUUGCUGUCUACAAGCCAGCAAAAAGGACGGGAAAGGCUGAAUACCAGCACAAAACAAUUCAAAGGAAAUACCCAAAUACCCAACUUCGAAUAUUGUGCUGUUUCCACAGUUCAAGGAAUAUCCCCAGCUUGAUUAAUCUCAUUGAGGGAUCUCGUGGCACUGAGAAGAAGGAGGGACUUCGUGUAUAUGCAAUGCACCUCAUGGAGCUCUCUGAGAGGUCAUCUGCACUUCUAAUGGUCCACAAGGCAAGUAGGAACGGCGUACCAUUUUGGAAUAAAGGACAGAAGUCUAAUAGUAACCAAAUUGUUGUUGCUUUUGAGGCUUUUCGACAUCUGAGCCACGUGUCUAUUCGACCGAUGACAGCAAUCUCAUCAAUGAAUACCAUGCACGAGGACAUUUGUGGUAGUGCGGAAAGGAGAAGGGCUGCGAUUAUCAUUCUCCCCUUCCACAAGCACCAGAGACUGGAUGGGCAGCUGGAGACUGCUCGAACUGAUUUUCGGAAUGUCAAUCGCCGGGUUCUUGAGCAUGCACCUUGUUCAGUUGGCAUCUUGGUAGAUCGUGGACUUGGUGGUACAACUCACAUAUCUGCAAGUAAUGUUGAUUCUAGCAUUAAAGUCAUAUUCUUCGGGGGCGCUGAUGAUCGUGAAGCUCUUGCUUAUGGUUGUCGCAUGGCUGAGCACCCUGGCAUCAGCCUAUAUGUUAUUCGCUUCAUGGUAGACCUCAAUGCCGUGGGGGAGAUUGUCAGGCUUGACAUGAAUGGCAGCAGCUCAAAUGCUGAUACAAGGUCAGAAGACGAAGAAUUCCUUGAGAAAUUUAAGCAGGAAGUUUCUGAGGACAGCUCCAUCAAGUAUGAAGAAAGAACAGUGAUUAAUGGCGCAGAAAUAGUUGAAGUUAUCCGGGAGAACAGUCGUUGCAAUCUGUUGCUGGUCGGACGAAUGCCCGAGGGCCAGUUAGUUGCAUCUUUGACUGGAAACAACAGUGGGUGUCCUGAGUUGGGCCCGGUCGGCGGCUUAUUGGCUUCACCGGAAUUCUCAACGACGGCAUCUGUCUUGGUGGUGCAACAAUACCAUAGCCAGUUGUCUCCGGCGGCAUUGGCUUCGCUGAAGGGAGAAGAGGAGCGGUCACCUGAGUCAGAUUCUGAAGUAACUGACUAAUUAGUGUGUGUGUGUGUGUGUGUGUGUGUGUGUAAAAAUGGGGGUGGUUCUAGUGCUGGAAUAGAUUAGUGAGACACUAAUAAAAUGCAAAAGUCCUCUUUAUUGCAGUCACAGUGUUAGGUUGGAUUUAUACAAAUUUCCCAGUAUUCUCAA